UCAGUUAUCGAUCUCUUUUCAGCCGAAUUUCACAAGCUCAUCAGCAAAAUGGAUGAUGGGUUGAAUCUGAAGGCAAUGGAUGCAGAGCAACUAAGAGAAUAUGGCCACAAGAUGGUAGAUUUCAUAGCUGAUUACUACAAGAAUAUAGAGACUUUCCCUGUUCUCAGCCAAGUUGAGCCAGGAUAUCUGCACAAACUUCUUCCUGAUUCUGCCCCGAUGCAGCCUGAAUCCUUGGAAACAGUUCUUCAAGAUGUUCAAACAAAGAUAUUGCCCGGGGUUACCCAUUGGCAAAGCCCGGACUAUUUUGCAUAUUUUCCCUCCAAUAGCAGUGUUGCUGGCUUUCUUGGAGAAAUGCUCAGUGCUGGAAUAAACAUAGUGGGGUUUAGUUGGAUAACUUCUCCGGCUGCGACAGAACUCGAGAUGAUUGUUCUCGAUUGGCUUGCUAAUUUACUCAAGCUCCCCAAUGAUUUCCUUUCCAAGGGCCCAGGCGGCGGUGCAAUACAGGGCACUGCCAGUGAAGCACUUCUUGUUGUGCUUUUGGCUGCUCGGGACAAAGUUUUAAGAGAGGUCRGCAAGGAUGCCCUUGGAAGGCUCGUGGUUUAUGGUUCUGAUCAAACACAUUCUUCUUUAUUGAAGGCAUGCCAAAUAGCAGGAAUCCAUUCCAAGAAUUGUAGGCUGCUAAAAACAGAAACUUGCAACGAGUACGCUCUCUCYCCCGAAUCACUCACUGAUGCAAUCUCACAUGACAUUGCCUCUGGUUUAAUCCCUCUUUUCCUUUGUGCAACMGUAGGUACGACAUCAUCAACAGCUGUGGAUCCUUUGCUCGCACUUGGAAAGAUUACCAAGAGGAACAACAUGUGGUUUCACGUGGAUGCUGCAUAUGCUGGAAGUGCUUGUAUUUGCCCGGAAUACCGCCACCAUUUGAAUGGUAUCGAGGAAGCAGACUCAUUUAACAUGAACUGUCAUAAAUGGUUCUUAACCAACUUCGAUUGUUCAGCAUUAUGGAUAAAGGACCGGAAUGCUCUUAUUCAGUCUCUCUCAACAAAUCCCGAGUAUCUAAAGAAUAAAGCUUCACAAGGUAAUACGGUUGUAGAUUACAAAGAUUGGCAAAUUCCUCUCGGGCGUAGAUUCAGAUCUUUGAAAUUGUGGAUGGUGUUACGGCUUUACGGGGUCRAAAAUCUUCAGGCUUACAUACGAAACCAUAUCAACUUGGCUAAACAUUUUGGAGAUCUUGUUGCUCAGGACCCAAGAUUUGAGAUUGUUGCCACUCGAACAUUUUCAUUAGUUUGCUUUCGCCUUUUACCUGCCAACAAAAACGAAGACCRUGUAAACGAACUCAACCGCGACCUCUUGGAUGCCAUCAACUCAUCUGGGAAGAUCUUCAUCUCUCAUACGGUUCUAUCGGGAAAAUACGUCCUACGGUUUGUUGUCGGAGCUCCAUUGACGGAAGAGAGGCAUGUUGUUGCAGCUUGGAAGCUUUUUCAAGAAGCAGCCUCUACUCUUUUAGAGAGUUCAUAGGUCAAGUUUCCAUUUGAUUUCUAGUGUCCUAAAAACCGUCUAUGUGAUUGCUACGUGAUCGGCUCGCAGUCUAACAUAAUUGCUGAAACAUCCGUGUUAAAUGGGUUGUUCUUAUAAACACGAUAUAAUUCUUUUAGAUCAUACGAAAGUUAGAAGUUUUCGUGAU